AUGAUUGAAUGGCUACUAAAUCCCGUAGAGAGUGCCAAAGGACAACCUGAAAACCCUUUCGCCAAACUCGUCGCCGACCAAGAAAUCGUCAUUGUCCCUUCCUUCACCCUCGAAUCCGGCGUUGUCCUCAAGAAUGUCCCCGUCGCAUAUACCGUCCGUGGUCAACUCUCCGAAGCCGGGGAUAAUGUCCUUGUUAUAUGCCAUGCCCUGAGCGGAAGUGCGGAUGUGGCUGAUUGGUGGGGGCCUUUGUUGGGAGGGCCCGGUCAGGCCUUUGACGUUACAAGGUUCUUCGUUGUCUGUCUGAACAGUCUGGGCAGUCCCUACGGUAGUGCCAGUCCAGUGACGAACAAGGACGGUGACCCGGAACAAGGCAGAUAUGGGCCAGAAUUCCCAUUAACCACGAUCAGAGAUGACGUGAGGAUACAUAAGAUCGUUCUCGACCACCUUGGUGUUCGCCAGAUCGCCUGCGUUGUCGGUGGGUCUAUGGGAGGAAUGCUCAGCCUAGAGUAUGCCUAUUACGGGAAGGAUUACGUGCGGAGCAUUGCUCCCAUAGCCACGUCAGCGACGCACAGCGCCUGGGGCAUCAGCUGGGGUGAAGCUCAGCGGCAGGCGAUUUACUCGGAUCCCAAAUAUGAAGACGGCUACUACUCGUUUGACGAUCCUCCUACCGCCGGCUUGGGUGCAGCCCGCAUGUCGGCGCUCCUCACAUACCGAAGUCGGGACUCGUUUGAGGCUCGUUUUGGUCGCAACAUCCCAGAUUUGUCGAAGAAACCCUCCAUCAACGAUGGACAGAAGACGAAUGGUGUCCAGAAUGAGCACUGGAGCAUCCAUAACGAUGGGAACAAGCGGGCCAAAGGAUCCCGUGACUCUCGGCCUGCGUCCCGCAAUGGCAUUGCAUCCGGAUCGUCGCCAGAACCCGAUAGCGAGGAUCGACCAGCGACAUUCAAAGAUCCGCAGUUCAACGGAGCCACCGAGUUCGCCAUACCGGUGCCCGUUGUUGAGAAGAAGAGUUCCAGACCAACACAUCACUACUUCUCAGCACAAUCCUACUUGCGAUACCAAGGCACCAAAUUUGUAACACGAUUCGAUGCAAACUGCUACAUCGCCAUAACGCGAAAGCUAGACACGCACGAUGUUUCGCGGAACCGGGCACCCACCGUCCAGGAAGCUCUCGCACAAAUUGAACAGCCAGCAUUGGUACUCGGUAUUGAGUCGGACGGCCUUUUCACCAUUGCGGAACAACAAGAACUGGCUAACUGUAUCCCCAAUGCACGGCUUGGGAAGAUCGACAGCCCGGAGGGCCACGAUGCCUUUUUGUUGCAAUUUGAGCAAGUGAAUAGCUAUCUGUUGAGCUUCUUCAGAGAGGUAAUACCAGAUCUCAUGAACAAACCGGGGAUUGGAGGACCAGACGGAGAGGUCAAAGAUGGAGUGGGUCAGAUGACCAAGUCGAGUACGUUCGGGGAGGCAGAGGUCGGCGACCUGACUGCUUGGUAG